CUCUACCGCACGGGCAAGGAGCAGUGGCCCCCGCCCAGAGGACCUGAGGCCCAGCGCCGUUUGAAGGAGUUGUGCGAAGUCUUCAACCAUCCGAUUGCAAAGGUGUGGAACCACGACUUGGGCUGGAAUUGUCGAAACGUCGUUCGUUUCAAGAAGGUCGAGGUUGACGAAGCGCCCGAGGACGAAGAAGAGGACGAGGCUAAGAAACCGGCCCUCGGUCCUGUCACCAUUUGGAUUGGCGUAUUCCCCGAGUCUACCUCCGCUACGGCUGCCCACAACGCGGCUCAGGUCGUCCUAGCCCUUCUUCACAAGGACUACCGGAUCACCGACGUCGACAUCGACUUCCGCGAGUCAUUCUACACGCGCGAGGUCAUUCCUCAGCUUCUCGAACCCGUCGGAGACCUGGACCCACUUGUCGACGUUGUUAGUCCCCUCACUCCUGCUCUUGGCGUCCGCAUCUCUACCAAGGCCAGGCCCGAGGCUCAGGGAACGAUGGCUCUAUACCUCGCCGAAGGCGGCAGUAGUGAUAAGCUCUUGGGCCUUUCGCGCCGUCACGUCCUCAUCGGAUCCAAGGAAGCCAACAUCGACUACGUUCGCCACCCCAGUCGGCCUGUUAGAGACGUUCUCCUGCUCGGCAGGAGAGCUUUCACCAACCUCGUUGAUUCGAUCAAACUCAGGAUCGGACUCCACGGCAUCACAGUUAAGCGCUGGAGGAAGCAAAUCGAAGAGUUCAAGGAGAGGGAGAAGGGCACCAAUGCUGCGGACGCUCAGAAGGUUAAAGCGGCCCGCAUUGAGACCCAGGCGGAGCUGGACAAGGCCGAGAAGGCGAUGGAAGCACUUGGAGUGUUGCUCAAUCAGGUCAGCAAGGACUGGAACAAACUCGAUAAACGCAUCCUCGGCCAUAUCUUCUACUCCCCAGCCAUCACUCUCGGCGUCGGUGAACAUCGUUUCACGGAGGACUGGGGAAUUUUCCAGGUUGACCCCGCCAAGCUCAGUGACGGCUUUCAGGGCAAUAAGAUUGACCUGGGAACAAAGAUGAAGCCUGAGGAGUUCACGCUCAAAUGUUUCCCCCGCGGAGACGCCAACUGGGGAUUUGAGUAUCCAGUAGAUCGUCUGCUUCCACUUGUGGGCAUCAUCACCAAUGAGUUGAUGCGCAACCCCGACAUGUGGGACUCGGAUGGCGAGCCGUGCUUGUUGGUCGUAAAGAACGGCAAUGCCACUGGCACCACCCUCGGCCGCGCGAAUGGUGUCUUCUCCAUCGUUCGCGACUACUUCAACGACAUGUCCGUCCACCAGACCGCCAUGGAGUGGGGGAUAAUGAACUACGACAGCAAGUCAGAAGUCUUUUCGGAACCUGGCGAUUCGGGCUCAGCAGUCGCUGACAUCUGUGGCCGUCUCGGUGGCAUGAUUUCCGGCGGUGCUGGUAAGGCGAACUCCCCCGAUAUGACCUAUGCCACGACGUUCUGGUGGCUCCUCCCGCGAAUCAGGGCCUCUGGGUUCCCCAACGUGCACCUCAACGUCUAG